UUUCUCUACUGGCAAAAGAGCCAUGUGUUCUUUUUUCCUGAACCCAUUUCAUUUAGUCUUUUAUCCCCCUCAUUGCACUGAAAUUACUCUUGUCAAGUUUAAUAAUUUCUUCUCUGUUGCUGAUUCCAGUGGUCAGUGCUCAGGCCCAUCCCAAUGUUACUUCUUAGUAUCACUUGAUAUUUGAUCAGUUUUUCGUUCUUAGAACCUUCUUUUCACUGGGCUUCUAGAACAUUACAGUGUCCUGGUUUCUCAUUUGUUUUGUGACUUUGUCCUCUCAUUGUCCUCUGCUACAGCUAGAUCUUUCUUCAUUUUUAAGCUCUUAAACUUUGGAAUGCUGGAGGUUCAGCCUCUAACCUUUUUUGUAUCUACUGUUUGAACUCCUUAGUUGGUUUCAGCCAGUUCCUUGUCUGAUGAUGCCCAAAUUAAUAUUCGUAUUCCUGACCUUUCCUCUAAUCUCCAAGCUUGUGUGUCCAGCUGCCAAAAUAGCAUCUACGGUUGGAAGGUGAUUAGACACAUCAGACAGAACAUUUCCAAAAUAUAACCAGUUUGUUGUAUAUAAAAACUGUUUGUUAUAUAUAAAAUUCUGUAGGCGACUCCUUGGAAUAUAUCCUAGAGAAAUAAGAGCCUUUACACAAACAUAUGUUUGCACACCCAUGUUCAUUGCAGCACUGUUUACAAUAACAAAAAGAUGUAGGCAACCAAGACGCCCAUCAACGGAUGAGUGGAUAAAUAAAUUAUGGUAUGUUCAUAGAAUGGAAUACUAUGCAUCUAUAAAGAACAGUGAUGAAUCCGUGAAACAUUUCAUAACGUUGAGGAAUCUGGAAGGCAUUAUGCUGAGUGAAAUUAGUCGGUUGCAAAAGGACAAAUGUUGUAUGAGACCACUAUUAUAAGAACUUGAGAAAUAGUUUAAACAGAGAAGAAAAUGUUCUUUGAUGGUUACGAGAGUGGGGAGGGAGGAACAGAGGGAGAAGGUUUGCACUAAUUGGAUAGCAGAUAAGAACUAUUUUAGGUGAAGGGAAAGACAGCACACAAUACAGGAGAGGUUAGCACAACUUGACUGAACCGAAAGCAAAGAAGUUUCCUGAAUAAAGUAAUGCUUCAAAGUCCAGUGUAGCAGGGGCGGGGGUUUGGGGACCAUGGUUUCAGGGGACAUCUAAGUCAGUUGGCGUAAUGAAAUCUGUUAAGAAAACAUUCUGCAUCUCACUUUGGAGAGUGGUGCCUGGGGUCUUAAACGCUAGUAAGCGGCCACCUAAGAUGCAUCAGCUGGCCUCAACUCACCUGGAGCAAAGGAGAAUGAAAAACCCCCAAAACACAAGGUAAUUAUGAGCCCAAGAGACAGAAAGGGCCACAUAAACCAGAGGCUACAUUAGCCUGAGACCAGAAGAACCAGAUGGUGCCUGACUACAACCAAUGACUGCCCUGACAGGGAACACAACAGAGAACCCCUAAGGGAGCAGGAGAGCAGUGGGAUGCAGACCCCAAAUUCUCGUAAGAAGACCAGACUUAAUGGUCUGACUCAGACUAGAAGGAUCCCAGAGGUUAUUGUCCCCAGACCUUCUGUUAGCCCAAGACAGGAACCAUACCCAAAGCUAAAACUUCAGACAGGGAUUAGACUGGACUAUGGGAUAGACAAUGAUACUGGUGAAGAGUGAGCUUCUUGGAUCAGGUAGACACAUGAGACUAUGUGGGCAGCUCCUGUCUGGAGGAGAGAUGAAAGGGCCGAGGGGGUCAGAAGCUGGCUGAAUGGACAUGAAAAGAGCGAGUGGAGGGAAGGAGUGUGCUGUCUCAUUAGCAGGAGAGCAACUAGGAAUAUAUAGCAAGGUGUAUAUAAAUUUUUAUAUGAGAGACUAACUUGUAAACUUUCACUUAAAGCACAAUAAAAAUUAAAAAAAAAAAAUCUGUAGGUGAGAGUUUACACUUUUGAAUGGGAGAAUGCCAGAAACAUAAGAGUAUUAGUUAUUCUGUAUGAUAAUAUGUUGCAUUUGGUAGGUGUUAAGAUUUAUACUUUUAAUACUAAUUCUCUGGCUUUUUAGUUUCUUUUUAAAAAUUUGUCUUGUACUUUUUUUUAUUUGAAACAUCUCUUUUAUUUGUGAUUUUAAAAGUGAUAUGAGAAUAUUGCAAAAAUUUUAAAAAUACAGAGAAUUAGGAAGAAAAUUCACUACUCUCUGGGUGCUUAGUGAUAACCAAUAAAUGUUAGUGUAAGAUCCACGAACAAGCACAUAAAAAUGUUGAAAGCCAAAGACAAGGAGAAAACCUUGAAAGCUGCAAGAGAAAAAUGACUUGUACUUACAAGAGAACCCCAAUAAAAUUAACGGUUAACCUCUCAUAAGAAACAGGCUAGAAGGCAGUGGGAUAACAUACUCAAAUGCUCAAAACACCAUCAACCAGCAGCCUGAUAUCUAACAAAGCUGUCUUUCAAAAUAAAGGCAAAAUAAAGACAUUACCAGAUAAAUAAAACUGAGAUAAUUUGUUGCUAGCAAACUCAUAAGAAACAGUAAUGGAAGUUCUUCAUGUGAAAGCAUGUAACCCCAGACACUAAUUAGAAGCCACACAUGCACAAAAAAACAAAGAGCACGAGACAAGUUAAUUGUGUAAUUAUAAAAGGCAGUGUAAAUGUAUACUGCUUUUUUUUUUCUUAAUCGAUUUGAAAAUGGAUUCAUGUAUUCAGUUGUGUAAAUGAAUAUAUAAUUCAUUUUUGGUCCUGUGACAUUUAGAAGUGCAAUAAUAUGUGCUAAUAACAACACAGAGAAGGUGGAUGGGAGCAAAGCUGUAUUGGACUAUGGAAAGGACUCCAUAUAGUAACUUAAACCCACAAGAACAAAUGAAGAGACCAGAAAUGAUAAGUAAGGAGGUUAAUUAUAUUGUUUGCUUUGUAACAUUUGUUUAUGUAAUAUAUGUAACAGUAGUACUACAAAUAGAGGGAAAAGUGAAUAGAGCUAUAUAGGAGGAACAUUUCUAUAUCUCACUUGAAUUCAGUUAGUAUAAACCUGAAGCUGAUUCUGAUAAAUUCAGAUGUAUAUGGAAAGCCCUUGGUGCCCUGGUGGUGCAUGGUUAAGUGUUUGGCUGCUAACCAAAAAGUCAGCAGUUCAAAUCCACCAUCCACUCCUUGAAUACCAAUAGGGCAGUUCUACCCUGUCCUGUAGUUGAAAUCGACUUGACAGCAAUGGGUAUAUCAAUAAUAACAUUAAAUGCAAAUGGAUUAACAAUUUAAUCAAAAGGCAGAGAUUAUCAGACUGCAUUUAAAAAAAGAAAAGAUCUAUACGUUGCCUACAGGUUCAAAGAUACAAAUAGUUGGAGACUAAAAGAAUGAAAAAUGAUGAUCUCAUGCAAAUAGCAACCACAAAAGAAAGAAAAAAAAGCUAAAGUGGUUCUCUGGGGCUGCCAUGGUUCUCUUGAGGUUCCAUCUUUUGUGUUAUUUAUUUCCACAUUUAAAUCAUCCCUGCCUCCUUUAUAAAUAUUUCUAGGAGUACUUUUUUUUUUUAAUGAGCUUUGCUAGCCAAUUUCUGAUUCCUUUUAAAUUAGUUACCCUUGUACUAAUUUAAUGUACCCUGGUGGCACAGUGGUUAAGCGCUUGGCUAGUAACCAGAAGUCUGCAGCUUGAACCCAACAGCUGCUCUGCAGGAGAAAGAUGUGGCAGUCUGUUUCUGCUAAGAUGGAAACCCUAUGGGGGCAGUUCUGCCCUGUCCUGUAGGGUCGCCAUGAGUUGGAAUCUAUUUAGAGGCAGUAAGUUUUGGGUACUCUUUGGACUCUCUUUAGUUUAUCAUUUAAAAUAAUAAAAGAAAGAAAAACUUACAAGAACCUAACUAAUGACAAUGCUAAUGAAAUAUUUUUUCCCUUAUUUAUUUCAUGAUAUUCAGAUAAAAGCGUCUUAAGAUCACGGUAGUUUUUCUUCAAUUACAGUGUGCACGGCUCAUUUAUAUUCACUAGUUUACAAACCCAUUCCUGUUCUCUCAUCUCCUAUGUGAGGUUCUAUUUUUUUUUUUAUCUCUGAUUUUAUUACCUUGUAGUUUUCCCCUUCAAAUUUUGAUUUUGAUAGACCAUUUCUCUGAUGUUUUUCUUAAUCUCUUAAAAGUUGAAUGAUUCAUUUGAAAAAUCCAUUGGAUGUACUUCAUUCCACUUUGUGUAUUACUGAACAUACGAAAGAAGAUGGGUUUGAGAAACCUGUUCCAUCUUUACUUUUAAUUCAUGCCAUUUCUGUCAUUUGUUUUUUAGUUUCUUUAUCCAUAAAAUAGUAGUAGCCAGCCACAAACGGGAGUUGUGAAAAUUGUAAAUCAUUUUGAUAAAGAUGUGUUAUCUUAAAUGUACCUUUUGAUUUUUUUUUAGUCUUAGAAAGUUAGUGCUGGGUACUACAGGAAAAAAUAUGAAAAUAAUUUACAUUAUAACCUAAACUAAUUGUUGCCUGGAUGUGAAAUAAAGUACUUUAAUAUCAAAAGGGAGUUCUGUAUACAAUUAUAUUAUUAUUGUUAUUGAUUUCAACUCAUAUUGAUCCCAUGUGACAGCGUAGAACUGCCCCAUAGGGUUUUCUAAGGGUCGAUAUGAGUUGGAAUUGACUUGAUGGCUACUAACAAGGCAUUUGCUGUAUAUUAAAAUGCUAAUUUGUAGUAGUCAGUAUUUUUAAUACCUAAAAAUUAGUUGAAAAAGAGCACAGAGGAUAAUGAAACAAGAUUCAUAUUUACGUCUUUCAAUUCCCUGAUGUAUUUGCUACCCCCCGUUUUUUUUUAAAGGAAUUUGUCAUUAAAGUUGAAGUCCCAGUAUGUAUAAGAAACAAUAUAUAUUUUAUACAUUUUUAUAAUUUACAAAAAUUGUAUUACUCUAUGCACAUCUUAUUCCAACUUCCUUUUUUUACUCAAUAUACAUAGUUUUUUUUAUUCCGAAUAUCUUAAAAAUUUCAGGUUUCCAUUUUUUAAAAAAUCAUUUAUUUUUAAAAUUAUAAGAGAUAUUUAGAUGUGUAUAUUAGGAAAGCUGAAAUUAGCUGCAUUCUGGAAAAAAAAAAAAAGUUCCUGAGAUUUCCUUUCAACAAUACUUUUGAAACAUAGAUAAAAUUACUUCCUGUCUCUCAGUUUCCUGAAUCCAUGGCAACCUUGUUUUACACACUGACUGUAGAGGAACCAAUGGGAAGAGUGGUGUUUCCUGAGCAAACUGUGACUUAAAAAAAAGUGGGGAGGGGUGGAAAUCAACAGUGCCACAGAAAGAAGUGGGGCUUAGAAAUGUCGCUUAGCAGAUUUAAAAAGAAAUUUUGUGCUUAAAUCAGCGGAGUGAUAAUACGAUGACUUUCCUGUUGUUGCCAAUUCUGAUAUGAACAGAAAAACCAAGAACAGGGCUAUGUGUGGAUUACAGUUUUCUCUGCCUUGUCUACGACUGUUUCUACUUGUUACCUGUUAUCUUGUGUUACUGUUCCAUAAAGAGAUACUUGGAUGUUCGUCUGUGUGCCAGCUCUGCACUGGGAGACAAAUUAACUGCCGUAAUUUAGGCCUUUCAAGUGUUCCCAAGAAUUUUCCUGAAAGUACAGUUUUUCUAUAUCUGACUGGAAAUAAUAUAUCACAUAUAAGCAAAAGUGAAUUUACAGGACUUUAUUCUCUUGUAGCCUUGUAUUUGGAUAAUUCUGGUAUUGUGUAUGUAUACCCAAAAGCCUUUGUUGAAUUGAAACAUCUAUAUUUCUUAUAUCUAAAUGAUAAUUUUAUAAAACGCUUGGAUCCUGGAAUGUUUGAGGGCCUUUCAAACCUUCGUAAUUUAUAUUUACAGUCUAAUCAAGUAUCUUUCGUUCCAAGAGGAGUAUUUAAUGAUCUCGUUUCAGUUCAGUACUUAAAUCUACAAAGGAAUCGCCUCACCGUCCUUGGGAGUGGUACCUUUGUUGGUAUGAUUGCUCUUCGAAUACUUGAUUUAUCAAACAAUGAAAUUUUGAGGAUAUCAGACUCAGGCUUUCAACAUCUUGAGAACCUUGAUUGUUUGUCUCUAGAAGGUAAUAACUUAACAAAAGUACCAUCUAAUGCUUUUAGAGUACUUAGGAGUCUUAAAAGACUUUCUUUGUCUCAUAACCAUAUUGAAGCAAUACAGCCGUUUGCAUUUAAAGGACUUGUCAACUUGGAGUAUCUACUCCUGAAAAAUGCAAGAAUUAAAAAUGUUACCAGGCAUGGGUUUAGUGGAAUUAAUAAUCUUAAACAUUUAAUCUUAAGUCAUAAUGGUUUACAAAAUUUAAAUUCUGACACAUUUAGUUUGUUAAAGAACUUGAUACACCUUCAGCUAGAUAGAAACAGAAUAAUCAACAUCGAUAAUGAUACAUUUGAAAACAUGGGAGCCUCUUUGAAGAUCCUUAACUUGUCAUUUAAUAAUCUUACAGAUUUACACCCUAAGGUUCUUAUGCCAUUGUCUUCAUUGACUCAUCUUCAGGCAAAUUCUAAUCCUUGGGAAUGUAACUGCAAACUCUUGGGCCUUCGAGACUGGCUAGUGUCUUCAGCCAUUACUCUAAACAUCUAUUGUCAGAAUCCCCCAUCUAUGCGUGGCAGAGCAUUGCAUUAUAUUAAGUGGACUGAUUUUACAAAUUGUGCUACAUCUUCAACAAAUGUAUCCAGAACUUGGGCUGUAAAAUCUCUUCAUAUUCAUCACAAGACCACUGCAUUAAUGAUGGCCUGGCAUAAAGUAACCACAAAUGGGAAACAUUUGGAAAAUACUGAGACUGAGAGCAUUACUUCUUGGGAACAAAUUCAUACUUCACCUGCCAGUAGAUUUUUUCAAGAGAAUACCUUUGGUAAUCCGUUAGAAACUACUGCAGCAUUACCUGUGCAAAAACAGCUUAAUUCUUCUGUUAACUUGAACUUGGAAAAAAACAGUGCUCUAUCAAGUGAUGCUGCACCGGUAUCAGGAAAAACAUCUCUAAUUUGUACACAAGAAGUUGAAAAGUUGAAUGAGGCUUUUGACAUCUUGCUAGCCUUUUUCGUCUUAGCUUGUGUUUUUAUCAUUUUUCUGAUCUACAAGAUUGUUCAGUUUAAGCAAAAAUUAAAAGCACCGGAAAACUCAGGGGAAAGUAGGCUUGAAUACUACAGCUUUUAUCAGUCAGCGAGCUAUAAUGUAGCAGCUUCAGUUUGUAACGCUUCCCCAAACUCUUUAGAAAGUCCUGGUUUGGAGCAAACUCAACUUCAUAAACAAAUUGUUCCAGAAAGCGAGGCACAGGUCGUUAUCUUUGAACAUUCUGCAUUAUAAUUCAGCUAAACGUUGGCCAUAAGGAAACUUCAGUGCUAUGGGUAUAAACAAAAUGGGAGCCUCCUUAGAGAAGUAAACACUUUAUUUGUAAAUAUAGUGAAUUAUAUGAUAUCAUUAUUAAAAUAUAUGUUUUUAAUAAUUUGCGAAUAGUGUACUCAUUCAGCAAAUAUUUUCUUUGGCAAGCACUGCAUUAAGUAAUAAUAGUGGCUAACACUUCUGUGUAAGCAAGCACUAUACUAAACACUUCAAGUAUCACAUUUAAUUUUUUAACAGGCUUGUAAGGUAGUACUGUCUACAUUUUGUAGGGAAGGAAGUCUCGGAAGAUAGAGAAUGAGUAACUGUAUCAAAUUCUCAGGCAUGUGACCCUUUCAAGUCCAUCUGUCUCCAGAUGCCAUGCUGUACUGCUGCUUAGGUGUUGGGGUCUGGGUGGGGACAAGGUAAUGAGUUCCAUUUUAGAUCUACUGAAUUUGAGGUUCCUUAGCAUCUCUAAGUGGAAAUGACUGAUAGGCAGAAAUUCAGGAGAGAGGUCUGUCCUGGUCAAGGUCAGUAAUUCUUCAACUUUCUUCUGCCCAAAAUACCAGAAGUAGAUGAUGCGCUCACAACAGGAACAACAACCACUUGAGCAGUGAUUUUGGGAGAUGGUAACUGGGGAAGAACUUGUGGUAGAAGCUGAACGACCCCCAGGAGAUGUGAAUAGCCUCAGUGGAGAAUCUUAUGUUAGUAAAAUUGGUAAUAAUAGAGGGGAAUUGAAGCUGUAGAAGUGAUGUAAUGUUUUCCUGAAUAGUAUAGAUUUUUUACUUGUAUAGCAUUCUUCAGAGUGUUAGGUGUAUAGUAAGUGCCUAGGCUUGUUGAUCCAUUAAUACUGACCUGAACCAUAGGUAUAUAUUAACGAUUUCUUUGUAAACAUUAUUAUCUUUUGUCUUUGUGUCUGCCCUCCUUAUUCCCCGAAACUUGUAUUAGUAAAAGUUAUUACUAUCCAUAUAAAAUUAGCUUGAAACAAUCUGGGAGUGUUUAAAACCAAGUAGUAAUAAUCCAGUUUGUAUUAUGAAACAAAAGCUUUUAAGAAGGUGUUAGGUUGUCUAUUGUACCGUAAGACUUGGUUAUCAAGCUCAGAACCGCCUGGAAGCCACCAGUUGCUUCCCUCUCACCCCCCAGAGUACUUGAUUUAGUGGAUAUGGGGUUGGGCCUGAGAUUUGGCAAUUCUAAUAAGUUUACUGCUGAUGCUGCUGGAAAUGAUGCUUUCACACUUGGAAAACUACUACCUUAAGGUAUUAGAGGGAAAAACUGAAAGGGGCUGAGGAGUGGUUUUGAGACAUCCUCAGAGACUGCAAAGAGAAAUUAAAGCCUCCCAUACAAAAGUUUUAACACAACGCUCUACCUUUCUCCACCUGGCUUUAAGUUGUGCCCCUUGCCUAAGUCACAAUUAGCAGAAAACGUGAGUAUCUUUUAAAUAAAUCUAUUUCAACUUAAAGUACUCAUUUUAUUAUAGAAGAGGUUGUGCUGUGUGCUUUACCUCAAAGGGCAUUUGUAAUAAUUUCUUUUCCUUGUUCUGUUACCCCCACUACCCACAACUCCAAUUAAGUUUUUUCUUUAAUUACCAGAAGUGUGUGUUCAUUGAAAAAAUUGAAACAAUAAAGAAAUAUAUGAGGUAAAUGAACACGCCUCUACGUCCCCAUUCCUCACCAGCUAAACCACUUCCUAUUAAAGAUGUUUUGUAGCAGCAUAGCUGACUAUUGGAAGUUCGGAAAAACCCAUAUAGCAAAGUAUUGAUCCUAAAACAGAAUUCCACCCGAAUUCAAAGGCAAUUUAGAAAUUCAACAAUGUUUUCUGUGUUUAUAUAGAACUUCUAAUUGAUUUAGGCUUAACUAGAAAACUUCAGUCUUAUUAUAUGGAGCUAAAGGAGCAGUGGUGGCACAGUGGUUAAGUGCUCAGCUGUGGUUUGAACCCACCAGCCACUCAGCGAAAGAAAGAUGUGGCAGCCUGCUUCAAUAAAGAUGGCAGCCUUGGAAACCCGACGGGAAGUUCUAUUCUGUCCUGUAGGAUUGCUGUGAGUAAGAACUGACUCAAUGACAGUGGGUUUGGUUUUAUACAUGGAGCCAUAGUUGUAAUAUUAAGUGCUCAUUUAAGUUUCUGUCAACAGCCACCCUUUUUCAAAAUGUUAGCCAGCUUACAUUUCACUUUUAUUUGAUAUUUGAAAGUUUAUUUAGGAUAAAAUCUAUCUGAAAUAAUGUGUACAUAGUAAUUUUCUGCUGUAAUUUCUGUAUUAUUUCACAUUUUGGACAAUUCUGCCUUGAACAGAACAGCAAAGUUAAAACCAAGUAGCAUUUUGGAUUAAUAUAGUUAAAGCAGCUUACUCUUCUGAAGAGUUUUGUGUUUCCCUAGCAUUUACUAAAAGUUCUUCAUUAGUGCACUCAAGGAUAGAUAGGCUCCAACUGAAAUGGUUGUGUUUCAGAAGGAUGUUUUUAGAUACAGAGUCUAU